AGAGAACAAGUUUUCAUCGAAUCAUUUUCAUACGUACGUCUGAGGUGUGUAAAAAUAAACAUCUAACUGUCAAGGUCGUGUAUGCCAGUUUGUUUUUUUGACAAAAGAUUUGGUGUAGAGCACGAACAUAUUCCAUUUAUUGUCCACAUCCACAGUAAACAAAAAAAUCUUUUGGUGUACACAAGUCGUUUAUUAGUUAUAACUUGAUUUUUUCUGCGUUCGAAAGUCCAAUCCGAAUCGUUCCAAUUAAAAAAAAAUGGAUAACGUAAAAGCAGUGCAAUUUUCUUAUCAAUUGCUUGACAAAGACAAUACCGUCUUUCGGGCAUUUCUUUUCUGGAGUAGUGUUUUGGUUAUCAAAUUUCUACUCAUGGCUACAUUAACCGCAUUCCAUCGAUUUAGAACAAAGACAACUCCCAAUCCAGAGGAUUUGGGUACGUUACGGGCAUCUGAAGUGAGCAGUGGAAAUGACGAUGUUGAACGGGUUCGAAGAGCUCAUCUCAACGACAUGGAGAAUAUCUUGCCGUUUUUGUCGGUGGGCCUAUUCUAUGUGUUGACUGACCCGAACGAAAUGGUUGCUUUAUGGCUGUUCAGAGUGACUACCGUCGCUCGCUUUGCCCAUACAUUCGUCUAUGCAAUUUACGUUAUUCCGCAACCAGCACGAGCUAUUUGCUUCUUCAUUCAUUUCGCAAUCACUCUCUACAUGGCAUUCAUGUGCAUUAUCUACUUCAUUUAAACAAUUCUCAAAUAGAAGGAAAAACGAACAAAUCGUUGCUAAACGCUAUAUGCACUAACUUACUGCACAAAAAAAACACAAUCAAUUAUUAUACCAAUAUAUCGUGAUAAUUUCAAUUAUAAAUACAAAUUUGAAAAUUUCAUUUUGGUCAAUCAAUAAAUUACGAAAAAAAGUAAAUAGAGUUUGAAUGUAUAAUGUUUCAUCACGCAUUUAUUCAAGUUGAUAAAUAAAGAUAUGU